AUGGAAGCAAUCAGAAGGCGAGCGAGGCAUCGAGCCAACGAGAUUCGAGCCAAUCAGUUGAGAAAUGGCGAGAGCACAUCGGAAACCAAUCCAUUGGAUGAUAUUGUCGAUGCAGAGGCGAUUGCGUUUGGAGUUGAAGGAAUGCGAUCGAGAGCUGCGACAAUGUCGGCGGUUGCUGGAGCACAGGUUGAUCAGGGGAUUAAGGUGAGGGGUUUGGGGCUGGAAUUCGAGGGAGGAUUUUAAAGAUUAGAAAUUCAAAAUUUUAUCAGACUUGGUUUAACUUGCGAACUGACAUAGACAUGAUCGAGGGAAAAAAGAUUUUCUUGCAGUUCUAGAAUUAUCUAUAAAUUUUUAGCAAUUAAGGAUUUAGUAGAUUCAAACCUUUAGUUCUGGUUCUCCAAAUAUCCAGGCAUUCGAAAACGAAAAUUCGAAAAUUUCAAUAAAAUAUCCAUCUAAAUAUGGAAAAGUUUGAAUUUAACUUGUUUGCAAAUACGUUCAACACUAUUAUUACAUCUUCUCUUCCAGAUUUAAAAUAUUGAAUUUUUGAAACAGUCAGAAAAUGUGACAUUGAUUUUUUCAGAGAAAAAUUAUUGAUCAAUUAUAAAAGUUCACAUUGUGAUGUUUCAAAAAUUGUUUUUUUCCUCAAAAUUAAAAUAUUGAUUUUUCUGGAAUACAAAAUUUACAAUUAAACGAAACACCGUGUGUAAUUUUUUACUACUAGACCGCAAAAUUCGUGUCAGAUCCCAAAAAAAUGCGCAAAAUUUUCCGGAUAGUAAAUUACAAUUGGUGCAAAACACCACUUAUCCUCAAAUUUUUAUUAACCAAAAUUUUGAAGCAGUGAAUUGUUUUUUAAUUUUUAAAAUUUUAAUAUCUUGAUUUUUUUCCAGAAAUAAUUGUUGAUCAAUUAUAAAAGUUCACAUUGUGAUGUUUCAAAAAUCGUUUUUUUUUCCUCAAUGUGAAAAUGAUGACUUUUCUGGAAUACAAAAUUGGAAAGAAACACUGUUUCUACAAACUUUUAAUAAAAUAAAAUUUUCGAAACAGUGAAUUUUUGCAGAAGAUCAAAGAAAUCUCAAUAAUCAUCUUGGAAACUGGACUUCGUCUACCUGGCCUAAUUCUAUUGGAAUUGUUAUGGAGAUAUCAGGAUGCAACCUUUGAAGAAAUUUCAGAUGAUAUGAUUAAGAUUGUGAGUUUUUCCCAGCUUCUUUUUGUUUAAGCAAGCAAAGUUUUUUAAUUUCAGUCCCCGUUAUCCUACCUGGAUAUGGCGAAAAUGUUGGAUUUUGUGCAUCGUCGAGACUUCGAUCAAUCAGCAGCAUUUCUGAUGAGUUACACAGUGAUAUUUAUCAGUUUAAUGUUCCUAACUCUCCCGUUAAAUCGUCUCGCAAGAAUGUAUUCUCAUGCACUUUCUCUCGCUCUUUUCGGAUUCGCCUAUAAAUUAUCCACAAAAUACAUUGAUUUGGAAGUUGAAAGUGGCGAAUCGGAGAUCAAAUUGGAUGGAUUGGUGAAGUUGGAGAGACAUGGUUUCCACUUUUUAUCGCAAAUGUUGUUGGCGGUUCUGCAAUCGAUGUUAUUAGAAAUGGAAGGAGAAUAUUGGAGAGUGGUUUUGCCCAUGUUUACAUUGCCAAUUGUGGCGAGAAUGUGUGGAUGGCCGGCACAUCGAUUGAUUACUGGUGGGCAUUUUUUUUGUGGAAAUUGGGGUUCAUAUUGAAAUAUUGAUCCUCUAAUUAUUUUUCGACAAAUAUUUGAAACAGUAAAUUUUUUGGGUUUCUGAAUACUAGGAAUUCAGGAAUCCACAGAAUAUUUUUGAUAAGAGACAAUAAGAGAGUCUAGGCGAAAAAUCUUCAUUUUUGUAGUUUUUUCCUCUGAAAAUUUCCCAGAUUUUUUUACGUUUUAAAAUUUUAACAAAAAAUGUCAGACGGGAAAGUUCCGAUCGAUUGAUUACUGGUGGGCAUUUUUUUGUGGAAAUUAGGAGGUUGUUUAUUGAAAUAUUGAUCCUCUAAUCAUUUUUUGACAAAUAUUUGAAACAGUAAAUUUUUUCGGUUUCUGAAUACUAGGAAUUCAAGGUUCAACAAAAUAUUUUUGAUUAGAGACAAUAAAAGAGUCUAGACAAAAAUCUUCAUUUUCGUACCUUUUUUUCCUCUGAAAAUUUUCCAGAUUUCUUUACGUUUCAAAAUUUUAACAAAAAAAUGUCAGAGAGGAAAAUUCCGAUUUUUUUGCUAUUGUUCUUUCUGAUAGAACAUAAAUGAGAUAACUGAAACUGAAAAAACUACGUUUCAAAAAUCUAUUUUGAAUGUUUGAAAAAAAAUACACUGUUUCAAAAAUUUUUUAAAUUUUCGGCACACCAAUUUUUUUCAAUGGAUUUUCAAUUUCAAGCCAAAUCAGAAUUCAAAUUUAAAAAAAACCCUACAUUUUUCUAGAAAACAAAUUUACUGUUUCAAAAAAUUCCAUUUUUGUUUCAGCUCACAAUUUCUCCUGUAUGCUCAUGUUAGUCUUCACUUGCAUGUAUAUCCUUUGCCGCGCUCCAAAUCUCAUGAAAUCCGCAAGAAUUUCUCUAUCGCAAAUUAAGGCAAUAUUUGUGAUACGAGGACUUGCCAUGGGUUUGUUAUUUGUUUACUCAACUUAUCAAUACAAAUAGUACGUUUUUAGGUGCUGUAACUGUUUGGAGACGUUUGCGAAUUGCUGAAUUGAUGACUUUCACCUGGAUCACAAUGUUCUCUAUGCGACUUUAUGUAGAGGUUUUCGAAAAAGGAAGACAAUGGAGUGAAGCUGGAAGAAUUCUAUUAGCUGGAGUUGCCGAAACUACACAUACACCCAUCUCACUUUUAGCAUUGGCUAUAACUGUUUCGUAUGUUUGUAAAUGGGUGGCGGAUGGUGCACAGAUGAUGAUUGGUGGAACAAGAGAUCAUGGACAUGUUUUAGCACAUGCUGGAUAUACUGAGAGUUUUACGCUUUUUGUGUUGUGUGCGCAGACUGGAAUGUUGGGAAUGAAAACUGAACAGAAGGCGGUGCUUCUUGGAAUUGUGCUGUUCAUUGGUAAGCGAUUGAAAAUUAGUACAAUUUUCUGAGUUUCAAAAAAGGACAAGGUCCAUUUUCGAUAUAUAUAUAUAUAUAUAUAUAUAAUUAGAUCUAGGUCUAAUUAGGCCUAGGCUUCAUAACAAUUUUUUUUAUUUUAGGGCUAAAUUCAAGCCUAUGUUCUGGGCUUCAGAAAUCUUGCUUACCCAAUCCAAAAAGCCUAAUUUUUCUUUUGAGAAAUUUUCCCUUGUUUACUUAUGUUUAUUAUAAUUAGUUUUAGGCCUAAUUAGGCUUAGGCUUCAGAAGAAAAUCUAGGCUUAAAUUCAGGAUUUUUGUAAUAAAGGCGCUCUGGGCUUUGAAUUAUCAGGUGCAAAUUUAGGCUUAUUCAAUCUAAAAAGCUUAAUUAGGUCAGGCUUCAAGAGAGGCUUCGUCUUGAUAGAAAAAUCUAGACUCAAAUUCAGGCCUUUUCUAAUAAUUGUCCAAUCAAAUCUUUUAGGGCUUCAUGUUUUUAAGGCUUAAAAAUAUUAUUAGAUUUAGGCCCAAAUCCGGCUUCAUAAAAAUUUUGAUUUUUGAAAUAUUUUUAGGCAACAAAUUUAGGCCCUAAUUCAAGGAUUUUCAAUUAAAUUAGAAUCUACGGGCUUGAGGUUUACUAAUAUUCAGACUCAGGUUAGGCUCAACCAAUUAAUGCAUAGGGCUAUUUUCCCUUGAAUUAUACGCUUCAAAAAUCUCAUUACCGUUCUAAAAUUCGAUUCUUUCUGAUUCUCUGACAUCUCGGCAAUCUCAUUCUCAACUAAAACUAUCACUGUUUUUCCAGUAAUGUCUGCUCUUCUUCAAUCACUCUACGAACUUCUGGAACCCGAAAUCAUGAAUCUAUCAUCAAGUCCACUAUCGACACGCUCUCGACAUGUUCGAUGUCUCUCCUUGACUGUUUUCCUCAUCCUAUUUCCAAUUUGUAUGGUUCACGUGUUGUUGUAUGUUUUGCCGUUUGACUUGUGGUAAGUUCAGGGACAUUUUUGGCGCCAGAAUUUGAUUUACAAGAUUCAUUUCCAGGUGUGUUAUAAUUUUGGCGAACACUGUCUUGACUACUGUACAUUCGAUUGCGACACUUCUGAAAUAUUUUGUAUCCAUGGUUGAUGUGAGUUUUUUCGGGGGGUUUUUUUUGAGGGUAAAAAAUCAAAAAUUUGAUUUUUGACCCUAUUCAGGUAAAAAAUUUCUGAAAACUCACCUUUUUCAUUUGAAAAAAUCCUCCGAAAUCUGAAAUUUCUUGAAAUCUUCAAAAUACGUUUUUUUCCAGGCUCAAUCUGAAGAACCAUGGGAAGGCUGUGAUGAUUUAACAUUCAUCAUCGAUUGCACCACAAAAAUCGUCGAAUUGCUCAUCUCAAAAUGUGUUUUAGUAUUUGGUUGUAUUCAAAUUGUAAACAUUGGUCUGAGUUUUGCAACAAUCGCAAUUAUGCUAUUCCACGUCAUCAUCAAUAUUUAUAAGAGAAUUGAGAAUUUGAUUAAUUUGAUCAAGAAUCGAAAUGCGGCACAGAAGAAUAUUAAUCGAUUAAGGAAGGCUACACAAAAACAAUUGGAAGGUAAACGGGGAAUUUUUGGCAUAAAAUUUGACUGGAAUUUUAGGUUUUGGGCUGGAAUUUUUCAGACUGAAAAUUGGGCUGUUUUUGGUAUGAAAAACCUGAAAUUCAGCCCAAUUUCUCACUGAAAAUUCCCCAUUUUCACCCUAAAUUUCUAAUGUUUCAGAACGCGAAGAUGUUUGUGCAAUUUGCUUCAUCGAUAUGCGAGAAGAGGCUCGAAUCACACCGUGCAGGCAUUUCUUCCAUGGACCGUGUUUGAGAAAAUGGUUGGCUGUCAAAUUGGUGAGUUUUUUUUGUGUUGAAAAAUUCUGAAAAUAUUCCUGAAAAAUAUACGUUUCACAAUUUUUGAAUAACAUUUUAAUUUUUUUGUUGAUGUUUUUUAUCUAAAUCUCCAAUUUAAAAACAAGAAAAAAUAUCAAAUUUAGCUGAAAUUAUUCAUAUUUCAAAAACGUUUGUUCAAAAAUUGACUGUUUCAAAUAUUUCACAAGAAAUUUUUGUUUUCCGUAUAAUUUUGGUCACUCCUUUUUGAAUAAUUUAAAAAAUAUUAUUUCGGAAGAGUUUUUUCUCCAAAAUUUUUCCUGAAAAAUAUACGUUUCACAAAUUUUUUAAAUAAAUUUUCAUGUUUUUUUGUUGAUAUUUAAAUCUCUCAAUUUUCUAUUUGACAACGAAACCAAGGAGAAGUUCCAAAUUUCAGCCGAAAUUCCACAUAUUUAUUUCAAAACUGAAAAUUAACUGUUUCAAAACUAAGUUGAUUCAAAAACUUUGUUAAAAAAAUUACUGUUUCAAAUAUUUUAUAAGAAAUUUUCGCUUACUGCAGAAUUUGUUUAAUUGUAAGAUGUUGAGCGACCCGAAAAUUAUAUGUUUCACAAAUUUUUCAAAUAAAAUUUCAUUUUUUUGACAUUUUGAUGGAAGGAACGAUUCUUUCGAAAAAUACUGGAAAUAAACUGAAAAUUUUCUCCAGGUUUGCCCACUUUGCUAUAGUGAAAUGAAAGAGGAAGAUAUUGUGAAAAGUAUGAAAGAGCAACAAGCUUCCACCCAAAAUCCGCCACGCCUUCCCCAAGAAGCACCAUUGGCAGCAGCACCACAAAAUCAUCACCAAGAACAGGUUGAGCGGGUGAAUCGACGAGCUAUCAAUGGAGAAGUAUUCUUCGAUUGGGAUGAUAUGUUCAAUUGGUCAAAUUUGGGAAUUCGAGAAAUGAGAGGAGCGAGAAAUCGAGAUGAGCAAAGAUUGCAUGGAGCUAGGGAUAUGUGGCCAUUAUUGGUGGAUAAGUUAGUGGAACUCUUGGGAAAGAGAGGGGGGGGGGGAUUAGGGAGAUUUGGGAUGGGCCUGAAAUUUUAGAACCUAAAGGCUGAUUUUUGGCUCCUAAACUCAAAUUCCCCUGAAAUCUGUGCAUUUUCAUUUUUUUCCUUUUUUCUGACAAAUUCAGUAGAGCGCACUUUUUUUUGGUAAAAUUGAAUUUUGCCGCCAUAAGAUCUAGAUUUUCAGCGGUGUUAGCCUGAAAAUUCAAAUUUUACUAUUUCGCGCCCUUUAAAUCAUGUUUCUCAAUAGAGCGCACUUGUAGUUUUAACCCAGAAAUUUGUUGAAUUUUUUCGAAAAUCCAGGAAUCUUUCAAUUUUUAAAAUCGAAAUAUGAAUUGAAAAAAAUUCUGAAUGUUAAGGUGUUUUUAUGAAUUUGUUCGGUGAAUUAUUGAUUUUCUCAAAAACUCACUGAAAUCAAAUGAAAUCGUUGAAACGUAUAUUUUCGAGUUACAAAAUUCCCCCUUUCCCCCACCAAAAUUGUGCAUUUCCCACCCGGUUAUCAGUGGAGCGCACUUUCCUCACCACCUCUCACUCCAUUUUUUAUUUUUCCGUUUUUUUCAGUGAAGCUUAUGAAAGUGAUUCUUCGACAGCAUCCGAAUAUACGAUCCAGACAGAUGAUUAA